UCGUGGGCGAACCGUACCGUACAUGCGAGCGCUCGGGUACCGAGAGAACGGCCGUCAGCUCCGUUGCGUGCGCUCGUGCGUGUGCGCGUAACCGAGACAGCUGCAGCGCGCUAUCGCGCCGCACCGGCUGCCAGAGCGAGCACGCAAGAGCAACAGAAAAGCGAGAAAAACAGGGAGAAAAAUAAAAUUUCAGCAGCAGCAGCAGUAGCAGCACCAGCAGCAGCAACCAGCCAGCCAGCCAGCCAGCCAGCCAGCUCCGUUCGUUUGCGUCUCGGUGUGUACACGCGCGACUAAAAAAGAGAGAGAAAGAGUGAGAGUGUGUACUGAAAACCCCCGACGGUAACAACACCUUCCCGUUUUCCCACCCCGCUCGAAGUCCUUCCAGAGAGUGCGUGUAGUUGUGCUCUGGUGUGUGUCUGCGUGUGUGUGUUUUAGUAGUGUGUACGCGUUCUGGAGCGUGUUGUGCCGUGUGCGUGUGUGUGAUUCGCGUUUCGUAAGCCGCAUAAAGUGUGCGUGCCGCGGUGCGUCGUAGUGUCGUAGUAAGUGCGGGCGCGUGAAAAGCCACCCCCCCGAUCCAUCCCAACAACAACAACACCCCGCUACUGUCCCGCAAGAGUAUACCCACGGUUUUUACAUCAUCGCGAGAGUGUUUGUGUGUGUAAGCGCAGAAAAAAAAGUAAGCAAAAAUACUACAAAAAGGAAUAGCGCAAUUCCUACAAAACAAAACACAAAACGCAGCCUUCCGUGUGUGACUGAACGCGUCCCGAGAACGGCGUGUUUUUGUGUAUUAGUGUCCGUGUCAGUGUGUGUGUGUGUGUGUGCGAAUGGUUGUGUUUGUGCGCGCGUAAAAGGUGCAUGCAGUUGCAGGCAACAUCGGAACGUAACAUCGUCGUUGGAAAGGCACAGAACGCAAGCUCUGAGUCACUCUGUCCGUCCGUGUGACGUUGGCGUUGGCUUCACAGCUUCCUCGUAAUCUAAUCCCGAGCCGACAACGAUCCCGAGAAACGGAGGAGCUGUCGAAAAACGGACAGCUGGACAACGGCCGGAUGAGAUAAAUCGUUGCUAUUCUUUUCUAAUUAAGAAAUUGAAAAGUGUGCAGUACGCAGGGUGUGUCCAACCCUCCCCGACGUCGACUUCGAACACAAACAACAGCCGGCCAGCCAGGAAAGGACCAGGGUGGGUCGCGCACACACAGCCGCAACACAUAAACCUCAUUAAAAGACAGCAAACACUGCGGGGAGCAGCACAACGUUACCAUACACACACGCACAACGAAGCAGUGUGAAGUAAGCAGCAGCGGCACUCGUCGUUCGUUCAUCCCGGAACGCGCGUAACAAACGGAGAAGGCAGCUCGACACAAGCUCCGAGCCAUUACCAGCCAACCAGCCCUCUCUGGAGUCUCUGGAGAGUGUUCAACACACCGAGAAGCACUCCCCCAUCCCUUCCCCCCCACCAGACUUCAAACACACAAAAACACAGCCAGAAUGGGCAAGCAAAACAGCAAACUGAAGCCGGAGGUGCUGGAGGACCUGAAGCAGAACACAGAAUUCUCAGAUGCUGAGAUACAGGAAUGGUACAAAGGCUUCCUGAAAGACUGCCCGAGCGGUCAUCUGUCGGUGGAAGAGUUUAAGAAAAUUUAUGGCAACUUCUUCCCCUACGGCGACGCCAGCAAGUUCGCCGAGCAUGUGUUUCGAACGUUCGACGCGAACGGUGACGGUACGAUCGACUUCCGGGAGUUCCUGUGCGCACUGAGCGUUACCUCGCGCGGCAAGCUAGAGCAGAAGCUGAAAUGGGCGUUCUCGAUGUACGAUCUGGACGGUAACGGAUACAUCUCCCGACAGGAAAUGCUGGAAAUUGUUACCGCAAUCUACAAAAUGGUCGGCUCGGUGAUGAAGAUGCCCGAGGACGAAAGCACGCCGGAAAAGCGGACGGACAAAAUCUUCCGCCAGAUGGAUCGCAACAAGGACGGCAAGCUGAGCCUGGAGGAGUUCAUCGAGGGCGCGAAGAGUGAUCCGUCGAUCGUGCGGCUGUUGCAAUGUGAUCCGCAGGCGCAGUGAGCAAUUCCAUGCUGAAAACUACACAAAGAAAGCGACACAGAACCAACAAACCAACAAACAAACAAACACAUACAAAAACAGACAUAACAGCAUGCCUGCAGCCAGCAAAACGCAAGCGAAACUAACAGCCCAAAACACACAAACAAAACACAAACAAACGAAAGCAACAAAUACAGCAAAAUGUUUAACACAAACUCUUGUACACAAGCAAACAACAAAACAGCGACAUGCUAUUAUAGGUAAACGUUAAAAAGAAAAAAACAAAACAAAACACCUAUAAAUAUAUGCCCUAUACAUAUUUUUCCCCCUUACACAACUCAAAACUUAACAUUUAACGUAUCUAAAAAGGAUAAAAGAAAAAAAACGAGUUGAUUCAGAAUCAAAACAUCACUGCAACACUAGCUAAACUCCAUCGAAAUUUCCUCAACGUUUUAAUAUAUUGUGUAAAUUGAGCUAAACGAAAACAGAAAUCCCAAUUCGAAAUGCUGAUGAUGAGCGUUCGCACUGAAUUGAUUAUGAAUUAAUAAUAUAAUAACUGCGCUAGCCGGGUGUGCUAGUACGAAACGGAAGGUUAACUAUUUAAAACAAAAAAAAAACAAAAUUUUCCUCCUGCAACGGAAAUUGUGUUCUUGCAUUUCAACGUGCAUGUAACAAUAAUACACGGAGCGGAAAGCAAUUGUGGGAGGAAAAAAUUGUAUAAUUUUACAGCUAAACACGUAGCGCACCAAAACAUAAACCCAGAAAACGUUGUACUUUAAAAAUUGGCUUUGUUUGACGUAACAAAACAUGAGAUAUUUAAUAUUAAUCAAUCGUACUUUUGCUAACUUAUUAUCCAUUUGUUUCCUUCUCUCAAUCUCAAUUGGGCUAACAUGAAUCUGCUCUUCUAUUCUGUUGUUUUUCUUUUAUAAACUCAGGAUUCAAAGAAUUUCAAAGCACACAGCUAGGUUUAGGAGUGUAUGAUCAUUAAUUAAGGUUUUUGUUUUCUGUUUUGUCCUAUUUGAAAUACCAACAUUGUAUCGCCAUCACGUGCCACCUUAAACGACAAACUAAAACAUACAAAGCCCACACACACACACACACACACAAGCAUACAAACAACUCAAACACCACAAAUAUGCCAUAUGCAAAUGCAAUGCAAUGCAAUGAUUCUCUGCUUGUUUGUCUCUUCCCGUUUCGUCGAUGCGUUCUCUCCCGUGUGUUACCCCGUUGAGUUGAGCCGAGCGGGGGAGGUUGCUUUGCUGAAAGCGCUGUGGCGUGCAGAAGAGGAAACGGGCUGGACAGUACGGUGGCGGGUGAAAAUGUAGCUCCAGACAUAGCACGCCGCUCGGUUGUGGUCGUACGAGCAGCCCACUUUCCUCUUCUGACGUGACGCAGACGCGUGACGCAGACGGGAUCAUCAUUCUUCGGCAGUUUCGUUUUACAAUAAGAAAAUGGUUUGUUUGUUUGUUUGUUUAAUUUACUAAAGAAUAUGAUCCGGUUCUGUGCCAUGCAAAUCGAGCGGGUUCGCUUGACACGGUUGCUCUACGGCAAGCUUGGAAACGUCGCUCAACUCAAAUCACAAACAACGACGGGUUGGGGAAUGGCACCGCAAACGGGAACCGCAACAAGGCAGCGCUAUAGCGUCUAAUACAAUACCAACCAAUACACUGAAUGCCGCACACGCCAUGAAAAGCAAUACAAUACAGAGCAACACAUGCUAUCACGAGUACAUUACACACCAUCAAACACACACACACACACACACACACAGUGGCAAAGAGCCACUGUAGUAGAAAUAGAGAAAUAACACAAUGGAAUUUUUCGCUGCCUCCGCGUACUCACCUAGCAAAAGAAGCGCCCGAUGGAUCGAAGGCGUCCCGAAGAUGUUGGCCGGGGCGGCUGGAUGGGCUCAAUGCACUGUAGCACUCAACACACACACACACACAUAACUCACCUCAUGCAAAGAAAACAAAACCGGCUGUGUAGAGCUGUGUGUAGCAAUAGUGUGUGUGCGUCGUAGUAGGCGCGGCGAAACUGUCAACCGUGCCCAGUCAGUGUGUCACGCGGAACAAAUCGUAUCGGAAUGUGAAAGAGUGUGGUGCGUGUGUGUGAUUGUACAGGCAGGGACUAACAAAAAAUGAAACAAGCGCGAAAAGAAAAACCUCCAUCGCCCAAUAGUGUGUGUGUGUGUGUGGCGAGCGAUAAGGUAAAACCAAACUGUACGGAAUUGAGCGACUGUUUUGCGGAAUGGGGCCGUAAAAACAGGUCCAGCAAUUGUUUGUAAAGCCUGAAACAAACCACAAUCGACGGGUGGGGAGAUGCAAAAGACCAGAACGAAACCACGGCACUGAUGUAUGUAGCAAACAAAUAGCAGCAGCAGCAGCCAUAUGUAGAGAAGCAAACAAACUGUGCAAACAUGUCGAUCUUCCGAUUAGCAAAGCGUGUGGCGGUAGUAGGUUUUGUUGUUUUUCGUUAGGCCCGUACACGCCUACUACUUACCACUACUUCGAUCGCAUUCGAUAGGGAGCGAAAGAGCGAAAAGAGCCAUCCAUAGAAUCCACUUUGCGCAAAGCAUAGAGAAAAGAAGGAACACACUCACAGCCUAAAGCGAAAGCAUUUGCGUUGCGUUUGAAACCCCAAAAUCUCCUUCAUAGUUUGUAUUUCAUAUCAAACACAACAGUUUGUUUUGAAAGUAUUUCUCUGCUUCUCCGUUUAUAUUCUUCUCUGCCCUCCAGUGUGUCAUGUAUUAUACCCCAUUAAUGUUUCAAGGGGUGUGUGUGUUUUUUUUUCUAAUUUCCUUCCAAUCUCUGUCUCACCCGUGUGACAUGCCCAAUGUCCGCGGGAGCCCCAUUUUCUAUUGCUAUUAUUAUUAUUAUUAUUAUUAUUAUUAAUAAUUAUCGUUAUUAUUAAUUAUUAUCCAAAAUGUCUGAUUUCUACGCGCAAACCGUGGUAUGGAACGCCCGCGCAAGCAGCAACCGGUUUGCAACCAUUAUUUAUUAUCGUUUAGUCACCACACGUUGAUCGUACCGGUUAUAUUGUUCGAUUUUGUUCCGGAAGACGGGGACACGUCUCACACACUUGUGUACUACAAUAUUUACGAUUUUAUGCAAGCUUUAAACAACCCCCUCCCCCCCCCUUCAUUAGCAAGCUCCCAGUUUUUGUUGCGAUGCAUCACGAUCGUCCUCCAGUGCGCGGAUUAUUAUCAUUUGUUUGUAAAACCGUUUAGAUAUUACAGUUCUGGCACCAAUGCAAGCUGUUAACAAAAGAAAACAAUGUUUUUUUAAUCGAAUUUAUAAACUUACCAGUCGUAAUCUCCUUUACCUUUCGGUGAUUAAACUGCUCGGAAUCUUUACUUUUCAUACUAAUUGCUGUAAUAGCUAGAAUCAUUUUCCUUAGUCCGUUUUGUUUUGCUCUAGAUGCAAUUAUUUAAAGAAGAAAAACGCAGCAAAUGACACUGUUAGAAAGAAAAAAGCGUGAGUGUAGAAAAACACGUGUAUACGUGUGUUGGUAAAGAGGAAACUUUAACUACACGAAACUACACGAAAAGAACAGAUAAAAAGAAAAACAUUAUUUCGAGUCCAUACGUAGUGAAGAGAGAAAGAGAGAAACCAUACACACAUAGAAUGUUGAGCGUAAAACUAUAGCGAGUGGUGUACGAUCGUACAUAUAUAAGUUUGUACAGUCUUUUGAUUAUAUACAUUAAAUCUUUUUAUUUUAUUUAA